AGAUGCAUCCGAGAGUCUAGAGUACAAUGUACCCGUCGUCGGCUGCUCGUUUACACCUGCGGUGCUGAUCAGUUUUCGCAUGAUAAUAAUAUUAGUAAUAGUAAUAGUAAUAAUAACAACAACAACAACAACAAAAAUUACUUCGCUCGCUCCGUACUGUCUAUCGAUUUCCGUAACAACAUGCCGUCUUCGGAUGUACGAUUAGAAAAUGAUGGGGAACCUUCGCCAUUGCUCCGAACUGAUAGGGAAAUAAUGGAGGAAUUCAAUGCUGGAAUCGUAUGGCCGACGAAGAGCGAGAAGACGGGGGAAAAUCAUCAAGCUGCGAAACUGUGCAGGGAAAUGGCGUCUCAGAAAUGUGACCCGAAGGAAUUGCUUCGGCGCAGGAUACCGAUCGUCGCAUGGCUGCCACUCUACACGUGGAAUAAACUAUUCCAGGAUGCAAUGGCCGGUCUCACCGUGGGACUAACUGCGAUUCCUCAGGGAAUAGCUUAUGCAGUUGUUGCCGGACUACCCGCUCAGUACGGACUUUACAGCGGUUUUAUGGGCUGUUUCGUCUAUCUGAUACUCGGCGGCAGCAAGGACAUCACCAUAGGACCAACGGCUAUCAUGGCUCUUAUGGUUCAAUCGAGUGUCACGAAGUAUGGAGCAGACGGUGCUGUACUUAUGUGCUUCUUGUCCGGCUGCAUGAUAUUCCUACUUGGUAUUCUCCACAUGGGUUUUUUGGUGGAUUUCAUAAGCAUGCCGGUUAUAUCCGGCUUCACAAACGCCGCAGCCGUAACAAUCGGGUCUUCCCAGCUGAAAUCAUUGUUGGGAAUAACGGUGAGCGGAAGUGGAUUCGUCGAAUCGAUUGUCGGGGUAUUUGAGAACAUCACGGAUACCAGUCUCUGGGAUACUUUGCUGGGCGUUGUAUCGAUCCUCCUGCUUGUCGGACUCAAGAACCUUCCCGGAAAUCGUAGUGGAAACUUUUGGAGGAAGACUAUGUGGGUCAUCUGCUUGGCGCGGAAUGCCGUUGUCGUUAUUCUCGCCACCCUAGUCGCCUACCUUCUCUACCUCAAUGACCUCCAGCCGUUUAAACUUACCGGAAAAAUUACCGAGGGCCUUCCACCCUUUGUUCCACCCCCCUUCUCGAUCACCUACAACAAUCAGACGAGCGAUUUCCCAACAAUCGUCAAGGGAUUUGGGAGCAGCCUGAUCUCCCUACCGCUCAUAGCCGUACUCGAGAACAUCGCAAUCGCGAAGACCUUCGCCAAGGGACGUCCCUUGGAUGCCACCCAGGAAAUGACCGCUCUUGGAGUCUGCAACAUCCUCGGCAGCUUUUUUCGCUCCAUGCCGGUUACCGGAAGCUUCACUCGGACGGCUGUCAACAAUGCGUCAGGAGUCCAAACGCAAAUGGGGGGCGUCGUCACCGGCGCCCUGAUCCUACUGGCCUGUGGAGUCCUCACUUCGACCUUCGAGUUCAUUCCAAAGUCCAGCCUCGCUGCGGUCAUCAUCGUCGCCAUGUACUACAUGCUGGAUUUCGAGACGUUCAGGGUACUCUGGAGGACUAAGAAGAUCGAUUUGAUGCCAUUGACGGUGACGCUGGUCUCCUGUGUUUUCCUGAGCCUCGAGGACGGGAUGAUUAUUGGAAUUGUGGUAAACCUCGUGCUACUCUUAUACUUUACGGCUCGUCCGGGAGUUCUGGUGCAGGAAGAAACGGUCGACGGCAUCAGUAUACUGAUAAUAACGCCGAGGCAAUCCCUGAGUUUUCCAGCGGCCGAAUAUCUGCGGGAGCAAGUUAUCUACAGGUGCAAAUUGAGCGGGGAAACUCUUCCGGUUGUUCUGGAUGGUCGUCACGUGUAUCGCAUCGACGCAACGGUAGCGAAGAAUCUUAAGUACCUUCAGACCGAUCUCGAGUCCAGGAAUCAGAUGCUGAUAUUCUGGAACUGGAGUCCAGAGGUUCGGCAAACCCUCGAAAGCUACGACAGCUCGCUUGCCCAACAGUUCAGAACCGCACGGACGUUGGACGGGAUGUUUGUUGUCCAAGCAGAAAUCAACGCGGUUCGAACGGAAUGAAACGUUGCAUUAACGACGAUCGUGAUUUAGAGAACAAAGUAUUUCUGUGCAAGUGAAACCUGAUUGUCAGAUAAGUUCAUACUUCUGUCACCUUGAAAGUUACAAGGAAUAAUAUGGAGGCACCAUGACGCACCUAUCGGUCAAUCAGUUUCGUGCAUUUCCUACAUCGCAACACGGUUCGAACUUCUAACCGAUACCUAAAGUUUAAUUAUUGUGGUAAUUGAUUGUACAUAUUUACUAAUAAAGUAUCGUCUUUUGUGUUUUA